AUGGUGACCAGCAGAAACCCCCAAAGUACCCCAAAGUUCUUCAAAAGUGACCCAGAGUACCCCGAAGCUGGAGGGCAGUGGGAGAAGAGCGCAAGCUCGUGCCAUCCUGUGCCAACAUCGGGAUCGGAGGGGCUUGAGGCUUUUGCCUUCGGCCCCCCGACAGACCCCCUCGUGGCUGUGCAUGAAAACGGUGUGCAGGCCGCUGCCCAGAGAGGAGAAAAGCCCUUUCUAGUUGUAGACUUUGUGCACCCUUUUUAUAUAGGUUCUCCUUUUGACUGCUUCUUCAGACACAUAAGCCGAAAUAAUGAAAAAGAACCUGUUGUUUUAAAAUUGUGUGUGUGUGUAUAUAUAUAUAUAUUUCAAACUAAUGCCAUAUGUCUAACUGUGCCUUCGUUUCCUUCUAGGUCUUCUUUAAAUCACUUGCAGAUACUUACUCUCAGCUUUGAACUGCAUGUAACACCAGAGAAAUUCUAUGUGGAAGCUUGUGAUGAUGGAGCUGAUGAUGUGCUUGCUAUUGAUAGAGUCUCCACAGAAGUCACUCUUACAGUUAAGAAAGAUAUUCCCCCUUCAGCUGUUACAAGGCCUAUAUAUGGUAUUUUGGGAACAAUCCGAUUGGUGGCAGGCACGUAUCUCAUUGUCAUAACAAAAAAGAAAAAAGUAGGUGAGAUUUUCAGUCAUGUGAUCUGGAAAGCAACAGACUUUGACAUCCUCUCCUAUAAAAAGACCAUGCUGCAUUUAACUGAUAUUCAGUUGCAGGACAAUAAGGUAUUUUUAUCAAUGCUUAGUCAUGUCUUGAGCGUGGAUGGAUUUUACUUCUCAACAACGUAUGACCUAACACACACACUGCAACGGUUAGCCAACACCAGCCCAGAGUUCCAGGAAAUGAGCCUCCUAGAGAGGGCAGAUCCACGGUUUGUGUGGAAUGGGCAUCUUCUUAGAGAAUUUGCUGCUCAACCAGAGAUCCAUAGGUUUGCUACGCCAGUGAUGCAUGGAUUUAUCACGAUGCACUCUUGUUCUAUUAAUGGGAAGUGUUUUGACUGGCUGCUUGUUUCCAGGAGAAGCUGUUUCAGAGCUGGUGUACGCUACUAUGUAAGAGGUAUUGAUUCAGAAGGACAUGCAGCUAAUUUUGUUGAAACAGAACAAAUUGUGCAUUACAAGGGGAGCAAAGCAUCAUUUGUUCAGACCCGUGGAUCAAUUCCUUUUUUCUGGUCUCAAAGACCAAACCUCAAAUAUAAACCAAAGCCACAGAUCAGCAAGUCAGUAAAUCAUAUGGAUGGCUUCCAAAGACAUUUUGACUCACAAAUAAUUAGUUAUGGAAAGCAAAUGAUUGUUAACUUGGUUAACCAGAAGGGUUCAGAGAAGCCUCUUGAGCAAACGUUUGCAAAAAUGGUGAACAGCAUGGCAAAUGGAAUGGUCAGAUAUAUAGCAUUUGACUUCCAUAAAGAGUGCAGUCGAAUGAGGUGGGAUCGACUUCAAAUCUUGAUGGAUCAAUUGGCAGAGCAGCAAGAUGAAUUUAGUUAUUUUCUAGUUGAUUCCGAUGGCAAAAGCUUGUUAGCACGCCGAUCUCUUCAAGCCCAGCUUCAGAGGCUAGGUGUCCUGCAUGUUGGACAGAGAAUUGAAGAGCAAGCAGACUUUGAGAAAAUCUACAAAAAUGCAUGGGCUGAUAAUGCUAAUGCUUGUGCCAAACAGUAUGCUGGAACUGGUGCCUUAAAGACAGAUUACACGAGAACUGGAAAAAGAACUCAGUGGGGCUUAAUUAUGGAUGGCUGGAACUCAUUAAUACGUUACUACAAAAAUAACUUUUCUGAUGGAUUUAGACAAGAUGCUAUUGAUCUCUUUCUUGGUAAUUAUUCAGUGGAUGAAGUAGAACCUGCUAGUCCUCUACAUGUCAAGAAAGAUUGGAAGUUCUUAGCUUUACCGAUUAUUAUGGUGGUUGCUUUCUCUAUGUGCAUUAUUUGUUUGCUAAUGGCUGGUGAUACAUGGACUGAGACAUUGGCCUAUGUACUGUUCUGGGGAAGUGCAAGCUUUGGAACUUUUGCUAUCAUCCUUUACAACGGCAAGGAUUUUGUAGAUGCACCCAAACUGGUCCAGAAAGAGAAGAUGGACUGAAUUUGUGUGUGUGGAAAGCGGCUUGGUACAGAGGAUUCCUCAAGCCACACCUGGAGUCUCUACUGACCUGCUUUCCACACCAAAUAGUGGUCUUUUUAACGUUCAUCCUUGGCAGCACGGGGAGAAAGUGAAUCGUCUUCUUUCGUGGUAGCUUUCAGCUGAGAUCUGACUCUACAGUCUUGGUUGCAGUGAUCUUUGGAAUGUUGCAUUAGUGGAGGAGGCUCCACCCUUACCAAGAUAAUUCAAAGAUGAAAGCCAGCUUUGUGGCGUCUGGAGUGUUACAAGAUAUAAAUGGACUGCGUAAGUUCGCAGUCCACCUGGGUAGUCUCAUCUGAAUUUUUGAUCUCUGGUUUGACAGGAGAGAGCCCUCAUUCUGUUCAUGUGUCAACCUAUCCAGGUGUUGGAGUAUUAUUAAUAGAGGGGUCUAAUCAUGUUCUUUGAGCAAUAUGGCUUAAUAGCAGUAACUUGUUCUUAGAUUUACAGCUGGAUUACAUUUGUUAAAGUCCACGUUAAGGAGUCUUUUGUGCAUAUUUAUGUAUUUUUCACUAAACAUAAAGGAUUGAAUCCUAAUGCUUCUCCUCUAAAAUAAGCUUUGCACCCUGUCUUAUCUAGGACUGAUGCAAUAUUCUACUAAUCAUUGUUUGGGUGAAAGGACAGUGUAUUUGGAUGCUUCUGAAAUUGCAAAUGUCUUGCACUGUUUCAAUACUGCAGUCUUUAGAUGAUGAUUCAUUAGUUAGUGAGUUAAAAUAUAUAACCUUCUUUCUAAAGACGUAAAUGAAAUCAAAGAAUGUAAACUCCUCUGCAGUGUUUAUUGAACCCUCCUUAUGCUGAAGGUCCAAAGUACACCAUUAUUUUAAGAACGGUCACAAGAUUAAAAAAAAUGAACUUCAUAUUAUUUUGCUAGUCAGCUGCUUCUAUAUUUUUUGGUUAUGUUAGAAUAAUUUAUGGAAGAAGGAGUAACAACCUGAGGAGAAAAGCGUUAGGCAAAACCCCAUGUUUGCACUUGGGAGCAACAGCUUGCUUUUCGUGCAUGAUGUUGUAACACACUCUUAAAAACAAAAACAAGAAACUAAGCUACAAAAUAACUUGUGCUGGUUAACCAUGAAUGUGUGUCUUUAAACUUAGUGCUUCCAAGCUGUAUAAAAAUAAGUAAUCCUAAUCAAGGACCAAUUUUAAACUAUUUUGUCACUUAUUUUAUAUGGUUUGUUCAAAACCAGACGUGAAACUUGCUUUGGGCGCUGUGCAUUGUUUAAUAUUUCCUGUAAGUACAGCUGUAUAUUCAGAUUGCGGUUAUAAAGCUUAAAUGGGGAGAAGGGAGAAACAUGUAGAAUACUAGGGCUAGCACAGUUGUCACUGUUGAAGCGAGAACACAAAACACUGAUACUGCAGUGUUUCAUUGUGUUAUGACUGAAAAUAUGUACAGAUUUUUGCAAUUGUUAACUGUUCAUUUUAACCUUGAAUGUUUCUGGAGGCCUCUCUGGGUUUUGUUUAAAGGUAAUCUGUUCAUAAGCACUAGUAAUUGCAAAGUAUCUGUUUGCUUUUAGAUGCUGUAAUGGAAAUGCCAGUUGAGACAGUUAACUGGAAAAUCCUCUAACUUAAAAUUUUCAAACAUGAACUCCAUAAUGGAUAUAAAGUAUAAGAACAUCAUAGACUAUCUAAAAGUACUGUUUUGGGGGGUUUGGGUAUUUUUUCUUUUUUAAAUGGCUCACUGGCAGGUGGCAUUUGAAACUUGGUUCAGUUGUCUUGCAGUCUGUAACUAGAUAUCUGCGUCUUCGGUGAAGAACCCGUUGCAACAAAGACCAAACUUGAAUUGCUAGUAUAAACACGUUGUAAGACAUAGACUAACGUAGGUUUUCAAAGUUGGAGGGCAUCUGUAUUUCAGUGCUUUGCAAAGAGUCUGUAUUUCUAAAGUCACAAAUGGUGUACUCAUAAAUGACAAUAAAAUGUCCAACUUUUCUAUAUACUGUCA